AUGUCUCUGAGACGCACUCUGUUGCCUCAGACAAUCGAGGGACCGUGGGAGGUAGAAGGAGUUUUGGGCCUAAAAAGCGGUCCGGAGCAUGUUGAACUCGAGAGUACUAGCCGAGCAAUGGAAGGAAACAUGAAUAGUAUUGGAGGGUCUUCAACGGCUGAAGUUAAUAAAGCUGCUGUAGGAUCCCACUUUAUUCGUUUUGGUAACCUUGGUUCUAGUCACGGGCUAGAGCAAUUACGAACUUGUGUGCAGAGCCUGGCAGAGGCGAGUCUUCGUAAUGCUAGGCUUGAGGCGGAAACUCAACAGCUGCGGCAUGAAUUAAUCUUGCUAAAGCGGCGUAUGCAGUGCGAAUCAGUAGCCCUACAGGCGCAACACGACGCCAAAGCAGCCGAGGAGAGAGCAGCGUGGGAAAACGAAAAGCAAAAGCUCUUGUUUAAGAAUCAAGCCCUUCAGACAACUGUGGACCAAACCUUGGCACGAUACGAAGAAGAUGUGAAACUUUUGGGAAGAGCCAGGGGAUCCGUGCUACAGCAACAGCAGGUUGAACAACAGCAGCAACAACAACAGCUUCAACUACAGAUGCAGCAGGCGCUCCACUUCGAAAGAGAGCAUUGGUCUGCAAGGCUUCGAGCAGCAAAUGAUGAAUGGCGAAAAAAAUUGGAAGAUGAAAGAAGGGAGGCAGAGGCAAAACUUCUUCAGGCCCAACAGCUGAAAGGGCCUGCAUUUCGCGAGCUACAGUCACUGAUAUUGGAAUCAAGGCGGACUUCUGACGAGUUCAAACAUUUGCUACUCUCUCUCCAGCAGCACCAGCGAGGAGAUAGCAAACAGAGCGACGCUCAAUGUAAAGUAGGGGACCUGGAUGUCUCGGCCCACGAUGAACGGCUAGCAGCUAUGGGAGAUGCAGUAGCAGCGCUUCAGCAGCAGCAGCAAGCACUCCUACUAGUGGCGCAAGAAACAGCAGCGCUUCGUGAAGACACCGAGCAGCGUGCUCAGACCACUUCUACUAAGCUGGCCGAAGAAUCGCUAAAGCUACAGGAUCUCCAUCAGUCGCUGCUCGAAAGCAGACAAAAGCAGCAUCAGCUGGAGCAGCAGCAGCAAGAGCAGCUGCGGCAACAGCAACAGCUCCUUGAGGAGCAGCAGCAAGCAUUUGUUCACAAACAGCUGCAAGCUGAAGCUGAGGCAGCGACACGGCAAUUAGACCUCGAACAGGCAAAAGAACGCGAAAUAGAGAGAAGGGAAAAUCGUCUAGCAGGUGCAGCGUCGUUCCAAGAAAAGCAAGACCAAGCUCGCCGCGAAUAUUGGCGAACCGCUGAAUCUCAUUUACUUAAGCUUCAAAACGAGCUGCAGAAGGAAAGUUGUGUGUUCAGGCAAGAAUUGACAGAGACAGCACUUGCACUGGACGAAAAGCGGCGUGCACUCCGAUGGUGUUAUGAAGAAAUUGAAACACAACGAUAUGCCAUAGAGAGCCGAGCAGCUGCUGCCGCAGCGGAAGCAGAGACGGCUGCUGAAGAAGCUCGCAAUGCCAGGAUGCUUCAACAACAAGGCCUGCAGGCAAAGGAAGCUCUUCAGCAACUUCACCGUAAAACAAAAGAUGCCGAGAAACGAGAGGCGGAGCAGCAGGAGAUUAUCAAGAGCCUUGUCAAAGAAUUAGAGACCAGCAAACUGGAGUUGCUACGAAUGCAGCAGCAGUCUGGUCAGCUGUAUCUGUACCGCCGCAGAAAACCGCUUGGCCCAUGCGGCAGUCGUGAUUUCUCAGCAGGUACGUCCAGAGCUCAGCUUCCUUUUAUUCCUCACCAUAGACCCCCCUUUUCCUGCAGAAACAACAAAGAGCUAAUCUAUAUAAGCGUUGACAGGGGCGCCGCGCCUGCUGUAAGUAAGGAACUCGUUUUGCUGAAGGGCCACGCUCAGCCAACAAAGUGGCAUUAUAGGCUGUGUAAUCCCUAUGCUGAAGGUGUGGCGAAUGAGAGGAUUCAGCACGAGGUAGCUGGGUAUCAACUUGCUUUACCUGGCCACAAGCAAAUUAUCCCGCUGGAGCGGCAUCCUAGUUUAGCUAGACCCUCUAGUCUGCCAAAGCUUUUAUGUGUCUUAAGCACUGCGGCGUCGAGCUUGUUGCAGCUCGAAGGGUUUUCAUCAGACGAUAAACCCCAAGACUUCCCGCGCGGUGGUGCCAGCACCGCAAGGUGGUUUUCUGGACCAGCUGCCAGUAGUUGUUCCUUCGGCACUGCAUACUAA